ACUUGUAUUUAUUCCAUACUGAUGAAAUAUUGCAGGUGGAGUAUAUAUAAAAAAACGUUUAUUUCGUAUUGAGUUUCAUAUUCGCGGAAUUGUGCUAUAGGUGUCCCAUUUUUGCUGAAAUAUCGCGCACGCAAAAUAAUUUAAUGUAAAACAAAAAGUACUCCUCGAGAGGACAGUAAAAAGUUGCGCAACAGGAGCUUUUUUUUUCCCCCCUGUCGCGAACGCGCAAAUAGGUGUUGGUUUACGUGCGCGCCCCCGUCCGCGGUGACGUCAGCUGCCAGAGCCUGUCUCAAACGUUGUGACGUGUGUUGUGGAAAUGGCCGAGGAGCGACGAGCCCGCAAGACAAUGUUAAGCUUCUUAACUCCGCCAAACAAUUACCGUGGGUGAACGACGUCUCUCCGGCGGACACGAAAGGCGUCGCGGACGGGGCGGGAGUUCCAAGGAACCGACGAGCAACUCGAGCCGCCCCGGACCAGCGCCUUUUCUUCCCCCGGGGAGGGCGGGGGGCGCUGAGUGAGGGUUAGCGAGGGAACCACCAUGGAGGACAUCAACUCGAACAUUAACGCCGACUUGGAGGUGAGGAAGCUCCAGGAUUUGGUGAAGCAGCUCGAGAAGCAGAACGAGCAGCUCCGGGGUCGCUCCAUGAUGAUGUCGGCCCACCACAGACCCCACAGCGCCGGCUACGAGUCCUUAUCGUCGCCGUCGGCAGCGGCGCUGCUCUCGGGGGGCGACAUGGUCGGCUUCGCCCCUGGGGUGGGGUUCGGCUACGGCGACCUGUUGGAGAACCGCCGCUGCCGGAGCCCGCGGCUCUCCUACGACGGCGUCAGCUUCAAGAGGCCGUACGAGAGCGAGGGCGCCUCGGCUGCCACGUCCGGGUCGGCCCGGAACUCGCGGUGCUCGGACGAUGACGGCGAGACGUCCAUUCUGGACCAGGUGGACGUCUUGGACUUGGAGGACAUGGACUGUCUGCACGAAGACGACGACAGCUGGCUGUACGAGGCCAAGCUAAACAGUCCCUUGCAGAAGGCGCUGAGCCCCGUCGUGUGGUGCCGCCAGGCUCUGGACAACCCGAGUCCGGACAUGGAACUGGCCAAGCGCUCGCUCAUCCACAGGCUGGACCUCACCAUGUCGGCCAACAAGCGCCGCAGCCUCUACGGGAGCUGCUACAACCAGCAGGCGACCUACGGGAGCCCGUACAGCCCAAACGCGGCGAGCAGCCCCUACAGCAGCGGCUUCAACUCGCCGUGCUCCACGCCCAGCAAGGUGCCCAUCGUCAGGCAGCAGCUGAUGCCCGUCAACGCAGCGCACCAGCGCAACGCGGCGGCGGCGGAGCGAAACCCGCCGGCCGUCAGCCCCCAGUCGUCGGUGGACAGCGAGCUGAGCACCUCCGAGAUGGACGAAGACUCGGUGGGCUCUUCCACGACUUACAAGCUCAACAACGUCAACGACGUCCAGAUUCUGGCGCGCAUGCAGGAAGAGAGUCUGAGGCAGGACUACGCCGCCUCGGCCUCCCGGCGCAGCUCGGGCUCGUCCUGCCACUCGCUGCGUCGCAGCACCUUCAGCGACCAGGAGCUGGACGCGCACAGCCUGGAGGACGAGGAGGAGGCGGUGCACCCGGCCUGCUCGCGCUCCCCGGCCCGCUCGGUGGACUACGGCCACGGGCGCGGCUCGCCUCAGCCCGCCAUCAGCCGCCUGCAGCAGCCGCGCCACUCGCUGCAGGGCCACGACGCGCAGACCAACGUGGUCAAGAACGAAGAAAAGCUGCGUCGUAGUCUCCCCAACCUCACGCGUUCCAACGCGGCGCCCCCGCAGGGCCCCGAGCCCGUUAAAAACAGUCGAAGCUGCGAGUCCAACCUGCAGAUGCCAAACGGAGGAUCUCCCAGACACCAGAGCCAAUCAGCUCGUGAGUACCAGCACACACACACACUCACGCCUCAGCUCCCAAGACACUCCACCCCCAAAAGCAAACAGCACCUCCAAAGCCCGACGGCCCGGCGAGUUCCGCCGACGAGCAAGCUGCGGACGCCGGCCGCGCCUUCGCCUCUGGCCUUGAGGCAGCCCGUCAAGGCCACGGCCAACCCCGCCGGCUCUACCACCACGCCCGGCCGGUCCCUGGUUCCGCCCCGCAGCGGCCUGCCUCGCCCCAGCGCCCCAGCGGGUGGCGGCAUCCCUCUGCCUCGCAGCAAGCUAGCACAGCCUGUGCGCAGAAGUCUACCUGCUCCUCGCAUCUACAGCGGCACCAGGGACAACCUGAGGGAAAGCUACUAGCCGCUCGCCCAGCAGAGGGCGCUCUACUCCAACCGUCAGUCACUCGAGGAGUUGGACUGCAUGGCACUUUAUCCACCUUGAUGACUCUUCCAGUCACAAUGUCCCAGGAAUAUUAAAAGAAAGAAUAAAAGAUAUAUACGCAAUUCAGAAGAAGAAGAGAGAGGCCGACGAGAACGCCAAAGAACAAACUCAGCCUUCUCUGCCAUGGACGCCGCGCCACAGCACUCAAUUUGAGCCCCCGCCGGUUGUUUUUAAAGCCACGCCUUCUUUACGCCUUCAUACAUGUCAAGGAGAAACCUCAAAGAGGACGUCAGCAAGCGUCAUUUGUGAUGACGUCACUGCGCACUCGCCAUGAUGACAUCGGCGAGCGACCGUCACAACAUCAUUGAGGGAAUUUGACAUCGAGUGACUGCCAUUAUGACAUCAGCAAGUCACCUCUAAGAUGAUGUCACCAAACACCUUCAACCCACUUGAGGAAUCCCAAUGCUGACAUCAGCGAGUCGCCUUGACGAUGACAUCAUCGUGCCACUGCCAUGACGACGUCAGCAAGACACCUCGACCGUGAUGACAGCGAGUAACCUCCAUGUGACCCUGGCGAAUAUCCUCAAUGAUGUCAUCAUCAUCGAGAUACUGAUGAUGUUGUCAUUGUGAAACCCCUAUGAUGACAUCAGCGACCAACGUCUACGAUGACAGCAAGCGACUGCCGUGAUGACAUCGCCGAGACGCCUCGUCGAUGUCAUCAUUGAGCGUCGGCCACGAUGACAUCAGCGAGAUGCCUCGAUGAUGACGACGGCGCGUGACCUCUGAUGUCAGCAUCGUGCCAUUGCUAAUGUCACUGAGAAACCUCGAUGACAUCAGCGAGCAACCGCCAUCAGGAUGUCGGCAAGGCACCGCGACGGCGAUGACGUUCGUGUAACCGUGGUGAUGUCGAUAUGAUUGAACAUCUGCCACAAUGACCUCGAUGACGCCGUUAUCACUGAGCGACCACCGCGAUGACAUCAGCAAGACGCCACAAUGAUGACAUCGGCGAGCGGGACCUCUGCAAUGGCACCAAUGCGUGGCCGCCAUAUUGAAAACAAUCUUUCCUUGCGGAAAAUAAAAGCACCAGAGAGAGAAUGCACAAGUUUAUUUAUGAAAAUGAUUUGAUGGGAUCCUCCAUUGUUUUGACGCUGCUCGCGUUCCUACGGGAGACGCCAGCGUGUCUUCAGUGAUGACACAGGCACGGACUUCACAUGCUGCUUUCAAGAAAACUGGGAAGUCUGAAAUUCCCUUGCUUCUCGCCUACUUGACAUAAAAAAUAAAAUAAUCAAAACAGUCCACACUCAAGUGACUGAUGUCAAGUACUACUUUCCUUUGGCGGCAAUUUGACGGUGAUCCAGAAAGAGCACAAAAUAUACCGCGAAUCUGCGUCCCAACAACGGAGGAUCCUCGAAAGACAUCACGUGUCCGUAUCAGUAUUUUUUUUCAAUACGUUUUCUAAUGUCCGUUUGAACCUCAAUUUGCAUCGCUAAUGCUCCAAAGCAUUUUUUUUUUAAGUUUCCCAAAGGCUCGUCUCGAGAUGUAAGUGCUUUGAUUCUUUUUGGGUUUCAGUUCAGGUGUGAAGCAAGCGCUCAGGCUGAUCCGACGAUGAGUUGACAAUAGAGAACUCGGGCAGUGACACUCCCGACGACUUCCCCCUCUUUCCUUUCAACCAUGACAGCCUUGAUUGUUUUGCUGACGCUGGCGGCCAUUUUGGCGCCCCUCAGGCCUUUCGUUAGCUUGUGUCAAGUCAAUGAACAUAAAAGGGGACAUAUUAUAGGAAUUUUAUUUUUUAAUAUAAUAAUUUUGUCUUCAGAUUGCCUGCACACUGAAAAUGUCAUGAAGCGCUAACUGAUUUUGUUUACGUCGCUGUUCGCCUCGGCAUCACCCAAGCCCCGCCAGGGUCGUCAUGGUAACAAAAAGUGUCGGGUGAGCAUGGAGCUCAUGAGCAUGAAACAAAAGAACCUCAAAGUGAACAUCCCACAGACGUGUUAUUAAGACACUUGGAAACUUAUUAAAUUGUUUAAAAAAAAUUAUAAGCAUAAUAUGUCCCCUUUGUGGUUCCUUAAAUCCCCACAGUAAUUCUCAAUGUGUCAUCAAUGUUUAAAAAAACUGAAAUUAAGGAG